CUCUUUUUUUGCUCGCGCCUGGUGGCAUUCGUUAGUACAAAAGAUCAUUACAACAUCAUGGGGAUUGACAACGUCGAAACAGCAAGAAUGGCAGCUAGAGAGUCGGUCGGCGCCUUCGAAGAUCCCAAGUGCGCUGCCGAGCUCGCGAGAAUACGGGGAGAAUGCGGGACUGACAUCGCGAAGUUCUUCAUGAUGGCCAUCCCUAAAGCCACGGAAAUUUUGUCUUCGGUCAUUGUAAAAUAUGGGUAUUCGCCAGACCAACAAGGGAGUCUGACAUUCACGGAGGAUCUAAAGAACUUUGAAUUCGAUCCUGAGAUCAAGGGACUGAGCGAGAGGGUCAAGUCACAAUUCGUCCCCUCGGCUCAGUCUUGAAUUGCCACGCUUUAGGGGAUGAUUGUGUGUGCACCUGCUCACUGGAAAUUUUCUUCGUGCACAUUCUUAUGGCAGAACGAGCGCAGAGAUGUUGUCCAUUUUUCCUUCAUCAUUCUCGUCGGAUCAUCGUGUUAAUCUCAUCAGCAGUUUUUCGGUCUUAGACUUGUUGUGGACACCUGUCUGCUCGCUGGUUUUUUGUCUGUUCUUAACACUUUAUGUAGCCUCUGUUGUGGUGUGCCUCUUGCCCAGUCCCUUCGUGAUGUAUGGGGAAUUUUGUUGAUAUUGAGUUUUGUGAGGAGCAACGUUACACUUGCGACUGAAU